AUGUACGCGCGGACACCAAUCCCCAGCCCUCCCUAUUUAUACACGCACGGCGCGCGCGCGUCCACUCGCUACCUAACUGCCACCUCCGAUCCGUCGAUGAGCCCCACGUCGCCCCGGCAGCCCGGCUUCGGCGCCGGCGGGCAGCGCCAGCAAGCUGUCGCCGCCGCCACCACUCCGUUCAAGAUCCACAGGGACUCCCACCUCAUACACAAGGGCGCCGUGGCCGGGGCAUCCGCGUCCUCGCCGCCCUCCUCCUCGUCCACCAACUCCUCCGUCUCCUCCUCCCCCGGCGUCGGCCAGCAUCGGCCGGCGCCGAGGCCGAAGCAGCAGCAGCAGCAGCAGCAGCAGCCUGUCAUUAUCUACACGCACUCCCCCAAGGUGAUCCGCACCAGCCCGCGCGACUUCAUGUCCAUCGUGCAGAAGCUCACCGGACUCGAGAGCGCCGCCGCUGCGUCAGCCGUCACCGGCGCCGCGCAGGACGAGUCGUCGUCCUCGUCGACGGAGAGCUGCGCCAAUGCCCAUGCCAGUGCCGUGCCACCACCGCCGCCUCUGCCCCAGUACAUGGAUCCACCUCAGCUGAUGCCGCCGCCGGCGCAGCUGGAUCACGCGCACUUCAUGCCGGACAUCCCGCUGUUCGCGCCAUCGGAGCAUCAGCAGCACCUGCUCUGCGCCUCUAGGGGUGGCCUCUAUGGCCACUUCCCGCCCACGGUGGAAGCCGCGUCGCUUGGCGGCCCGGCGAACAUGCACGACGGCGCCGCCUCUGUGGCGGUGUUCUCCCCGUCGAUGGUGGAGGCGAUGAGAACGGCGUAUCCGGAUUACCAGUUGACUUAAUCGACAUGCAUGAACUAGGCGAUGAUCGAUCACGGCGCAUCGGUCCAUGCAAUAAUCGGAGCUAGUUUCUCUUUAUUUCUUCAUGUUUUAUCAUCAUGCUUCAUUUCGGGGACUUCGUAUGUACGUGCAGAGACAAGAGAGGUGAAGGAUUGACUGGCCUGGUCGGUGCAUGUAUGCACGUAAGACAAUCCGUCGACGUACGUCGCAACGCAUGCAUACAUGCAAGGCUAGCUGAGCUCCAGAUCUCCCGGUUAAUUACUCUAUUUUUGUCAGCAAAUACUAGUAGCAGUAGAUGUAGUUCCCAACCAUGAAUGGUGAUGGCGCCUUUCAUCGUGUUUUUUUCUUUGCCAGAAUUAGUUCCUCUGUUUGACCAUUUUAGUUCCCUCGUGUGUGUCCUCGAUCAAGCUGAUUACGGUAGAGUUUUUUGUUUUUGUGAGUUUUUG